UUUUUUCUAUCUUGCAGCUGCUCCAGAGAAGCCAAUGGUAGUGCCCAAUCCUCAGAAAAUCUUUGUCUAUUCCAGCAUUUCAACCUCCGCUGAGGUGGGCAAGUGCAUCAGCAGGAAUGGUCAUCCUGAGCCUCGUAUUAUCUGGUUUAAAGACGACAACCCUCUGCCUGAAGAAAAGAAAAAAACAGAAAAAACAUACAUGAUACAUUUUUUGGUGAAGGAAGCCUCAGGCCUGUACACUUCGACCAGCAUGCUGUACAUGCACCUGACGAAAGCUGAUGCUAAAUCAGUCUACCACUGCAUAGUGGAGUACACCAUGCCAGACAACCAGAUCAAACAGGAGAGCUCCGAUAACUUCAACAUCUCAUUGCAAUAUUCAACAGAAAACGUCUUCUUCAAAGUGAAGAACGAGGGGCCAAUCAAAGAGGGCGAUGAUGUGGUGAUGCAGUGUGAGACUGAUGGAAACCCUCAGCCACAGUUUGAUUUUUUUAAAGGGGAAAAAUCGCUGGAAGGAUUGGGAGGCACUUUGGAAAAAAAGAGCAUUACUCGGGAGGAUUCUGGAACUUAUAAGUGUGAAGCUAUGGAUUAUGAAGCUGACAGCAAAGUCCAACUUUAUAAAACUCUAAAUAUAAACGUGCACUAUAUCGACAUAACAGUGGAACCAGAAGGGCCCUUGGUUGUUUCUAAAGGAGAUCAUGUGGAGCUUCAGUGUAAGGCCAAGGCUUCUGAAGCUCACACCCUGCAGUGGACAAAGGACUCGAAGGAGCUGUCAAACACUGGUGUAUUUGCUAAGGAGUCUGUGACUCUGGCUGACGGUGGUGUGUACGUGUGUGUCGGAGCUGUACCUUCAGUGCCAGGUCUUCAAAAACAAGUCAACAUCACUGUUAACGUCAAAGGUCAGCCUGAGAUUGAUGCUCCAGUCAAGGGUUUGGUUGAUAAGGAGGGAGGGAUGGUCACUCUCAACUGCUCUGCUCUUGGUCAUCCUGCUCCACAAUUCAUCUGGACACCUUCUGGCAAAGAGUCGGUGACAGUAAAAGGGAACAGGGUGAUCAGCACAGUCACUCUUGAGGCCACAGCUGCAGUUCUGAAGGACGGUGUGAUUUGUGAAGCGUACAACACUCAUGGAAGAGACAGCAAGAACUUCGAGGUGAAACUAGGUUAGUGCAAACAGGCUGAAGCUGUG